UGACUCCUCCACAGUGAGAGGUGUUUUAACGGAGGACAAUCAUUCGAUUCAAAAGCGGUGGCGUGAGCCCUGGAGACGUCAGCAGUCCCCGCCUUAUAUUAUAAGAAUCGAUCGUUUUUCUUUAUGUUUGUGCCCUUAAAUCAGAAUUAAUGAUCGGAGGCGUUAUCUGACGGCCAGGACGCGCAGCUGUCUGAGGCUCCGCACAUCUGCACAACUCAGACUGGAAUAGAAACUCUCAUCAGUGUAAUGUAAUAGUUAUACUGAUAAUUUAACUGAAACAAUCCAAGAGGUUUGAAGAAUGCGACGCACCUCAGCCUGGGUUGGCUGGGUGCUCUGUUUGUGCACAUCUUUGGCUGCGAGCGCGCAGGACUACCCGGACGAGGACGAGAUGAUCCUGGAUCUGUUCAGGGAGGACGGGACUAAACCCGGACCCCGAGCUGUGCCCACUGCUGAGUUCCUCAAGUGCAACAAGGCAGCGUGGCGUGUGCAUGGUCAGUACCUGGUCGUACUGCGUCAGGGCACGCAUGGCUCUCACGUGCAAAGGACCAUCAGGAGACUGAGAGCCAAAGCAGCCCGGAGAGGUCAGCUGCUGGAGAUCCUGCACACUUACUCUGCAGCUCUGCACGGCUUCAUGGUCAAGAUGAGCAGCGACGUCCUCCACCUGGCAUUGAAGCUCCCUCAGGUCCACUACAUCGAGGAGGACUCGUCCAUCUUUGCUCAGAGCGCCCCCUGGAACCUGCAGAGGUUACUGCAGCCUCACGGCGGCUCUUCUGAAAACGGAACAUACCGACCGCCCAACGACGGAGGAAUGGCUUUGGUCUAUCUGUUGGACGGCAGUGUUCAGAGUUCUCACAGGGAGAUCGAGGGACGGGUCCUCAUCACAGACUUCAACAGCGUCCCUGAGGAGGAUGGAGUCAGAGUUCAUAGACAGGCCAGUCAGUGUGACAGUCACGGCACACACAUUGCAGGGGUGGUGAGUGGGUCGGACUCUGGUGUUGCUCGAGGGGCCGGUGUUAACCUGGUCCGUGUGCUAAACUGUCAGGGGAAAGGGACCGUGUCCGGAGCUCUGGCAGGUCUCGAGUAUAUCCAAUCCACUCUUCUGGCCCGCCCCGUGGAUGCUGUGGUUGUGUUGCUGCCUUUCUCUGGUGGUUUCAGCCGGUCUUUGAACGCAGCCUGUCGGGACAUGGUGGCUAAAGGAGCUGUGGUCAUCGCCGCUGCAGGGAACUACAGAGAUGACGCCUGCCUCUACUCACCCGCUUCAGAGCCUGAGGUCAUCACAGUAGGGGCAGUAAACUCAGUGGACCAGCUCAUGUCACAGGGAGCGGGGGGCACCAACUUCGGCCGCUGCAUCGAUCUGUUCGCGCCCGGCGACGACAUCGUCAGUGCCAGCAGUGACUGCAGCACCUGCUUUGCAUCCCAGAGUGGAACCUCCCAGGCUGCUGCACAUGCUGCAGGUAUAGCAGCUGUGAUCCUCUCUUCCAAUCAGAACGUGUCGCCGGUGCAGGUAAUGCAGAUGAUGCUGCAUUAUUCCAUCAGCCACACGAUCAACUUCCUCUCUCUGCCCGACUCACAUCGUCUAAUUUCUCCCAAUCUGGUAGCAGCCAUGCCUCCUGCCAAAAGCACAAAUGAGGAGCUUCUGUGUCGAUCAGUGUGGUCCAAGAGGUCAGGGGUCACGAGCUCUGACCAGGCUGUCAGUCGCUGUCGUCUGGGGGAGGAGAUGAUGAGCUGCAGUAGCUACACCCCUGAUGGUGUCCAUGCUGGAGAAACCGUCUCUGAGAGCAGCGGGCAGAUGGAGUGUGUUGCCUUUAAUGCUCUGGGGGGGGAAGGUGUAUAUGCUGUGGCGCGGUGCUGUGUGAUCGGUGGUCUGCAGUGUCAGGUCCAUGCCAGCUCUGAGUGUGUCGCAACCAUAGGGGUCACAACGCAGCACCAUCUCACCGGCUGCACAUUGUGGUCUGCUGCUGGGAUCUCAGCUGACUCCCGUCCACAUGGCAGUGAUCGGAGGCGUUGUGUUGGGAGCAGCGGGGCCACAUCUCAUGCUGUGUGCUGCCAUGCUCCAUCUCUGGAGUGCCACCUGUUGGAAAAGAUAUCAGCUGAUAAAGAUCAGGUGGAGGUGUCCUGUCCCUCCGGCUGGACUCUGACCGACUGUAGCGCUGUCUCUCCUGGCUCUGUCGUCUUAGCGCCAGUUGCUAAGGGGAACAGUUGCCAUGUCGGCAGUGCAUCAGGAGCUGGCGGGGCUGCUGGCGUCGCUGUCUGCUGCCGCGUCAGACAACCAGAGCAGCGCCGCGCUUCACCUCCUCCCUGAUCUCGCCUCACUCCACUCUGAUGUCCUACAGCCUUUAUAUGUCUGUAAUGUUGACUGGAAGGAAACACACACUCCUCUUGCUUUGUCUUCUUUGUGGUGCAGGGAAUACAUUCACAUGGGGAUCUAAUUUUAAAGAAAAAGGUCAAUUCCAGGAAACACUUUUAACCUCUGCAUUGAUUAACUUAAAGUUAAAAAUAGUUGAAGUUCAGAAACGACUUGAUAAAGGACUGAAAUGCAGAGCGGUUGAUAAGUGUGUGCUGGCAUUGACUUGAACUCUAUGAAAUUAGGUGUCUAUUCAUAUCAUCUAGGCCUAUAACUUUGAUCAGUUGUCAACGUUUGUCUGUUUCUCAGUUUUAGAAUUAGGUCAAAUAUGCCCUAGCAGAUAUUGUUUUGUAUACAGUUUGUAAAAUAUAACCACAAAUAUUAUAUAUCUUUUACAAAGGAAAUAUUCUGAAAAAGCUUUCCCCGAACCUGUGGUUAAUUGAAUACAUUGUAUUUUAGGUGAUAUAUUGAAACUAAUUGUGGCACCCUGGUAAGGCCUAAAUGUCCCAGGAUGCAUUGCAUGUGGGGUUCUGAGGCACAGGGUCUCCACGGGCCAUAUCCUCGGCUUUUGUUGCUGCUGACUCAGCUCUGUCUGCCCUGCAUUUUUUGGCCAUUUACUCAGGCUUGAAUGAUCAUGUCUGAAUAGCCAAGAUUUAUCUAUAGCUCACAAACUGGGUGCCCAUAGUUUCCUUGCGCAAAACUACGUCACCGUUACUCAGGGCCGUGGGAAGUAGGGGUGCUGCAGCACUCCCUAGUGGAGGACAGGGGAUCUGCACUUCCACAAGAUUAAAUACAACAAAAAAAAAUGAAUUUUCAGUCUUGAUGUAACAACAUUCAUAAUUAAGUAAAGAUAACACCCU